GUUAGAUGCGAGUGAGACAGGCGACGGAGUUCUUCUUUAAGCCUCCUUUGCCUCAGCAAGGAGAGGGAGCGUUUUCCUUAUUUUAGUGACCGCCUUUGCCUCCCUUGGGGUCCCAGUUCACCCUGAACCUUUCUACAGCCUUAAAAGCCCGCUCUCCCUAGCGGGGUGCUGCGGCAGUUCUUCAGAAGACACGGGGCCAAAUGAAACUUACUUAAAGUGGUUUUCGCGUUUCAGGCUGAUUUGUUCCUAGUAACUACGUUUUGGAAAGCAGCUGUGGACUCUCAGGGAUAGGCAGGAACGAAGACCCCCUCAGGGUCCGAGUGUCGCUUCCCACAGUUAGAUUACCCGUGAAUGUCCUUGCUUCUGUAGGUCUCAAGAAUCUCAUGAGCCCCCAACCACCUCCACCUUUCUCUCUGAAUCUCUUUCCUCUCUCUGAAAUUUUUAGCAAAAAUAAUCUGUCCUCAAGGAAUAUUGAAAGCGUCAUCAAUGUCUUGAAGGAAAUUACUGUAUCUGAGAACUGAAACUAGUAUUUGAUGUUUCACUUUCAAAUACAUUUUUUUGAAUAAAAAGGAUACCUUUAGGAAAAACACUACCACCACUAUUUAAGUUUAAGUAGAUUUUUAAUUCAUAUUAAGCAGUAGUGUGCUUUUUGGAAAGAUGAUGGACUGGGAAUCAUAAUCCCUGGGUUUUGCUUCUAAUUGUAGUUUCUUGAGUAAGUCAGCACUUUCCCUGGUUGAGAAAUGACCUCAUCUGUAAAAUGAACCUGACUUCUAAGGUCCUGUUCGGCUCUCACGUCUUUACUUCAGUUAAAUAUUGACAUAAUACAUGUUUGUUGAAUGAAUGACUGAAUAAAUCUUAUUGCUCUAGGAACUAUGUGCUUUUAACCUUUCGAAAUACAUAGAAACAAAUGCCUCCUUUGCUAGGAAAGGGAGCUUAAUUGUGCUCCCACUGCAUCAGGCUGCUUCCAUCUAAUGAUGCAAUUGCAAUACAGAGUGGGAGGCCAUCCGCAGGGCUGUCCCUCUGCCUCAGAACUCAUCUCAAGUUUGCCCUUCUCUAUGGAGAAGGAAAAUUUGAGUCUCCAGAAGGAAAGUAUUUUGCUAAACACCAAGCAAGCAUUAGAGGGUAGGGGGCUCCUGAUGCCUGGUCCAAGGCUCUUAGAAGAAGAAGAAGAAGGAGAAAGGGAGAAAGCUCAAGAAAAUAAUGCACAGAUCACCAGCUACAGGUUGCCGUAGUGCCUAAGUUUAUCAACUACCCCCGCCCUUCCUGAAGAGAAAGGAGCUUGUAUAAAGGGAACAAUCCUAGGACCUAGGACCUAGGCUUAACCAGGAAGGAGAAGGGGAGAAGCAGGGGUCGUUCUGUUCUCAAGUGGUUGGUUAUAUCUGUGUGUUUAUCUGUUCCACAUUUGGCCAGGCAGUGGGACUCCGGGAAAGCAAGCUGAAGUGUUUUGUGGGACAGGCACAUCAUUUGGUCAAUUCCUUUUCCCUGGUUAUUUGAUUCCCUCCUUUUCCUGACCCAUCUCCCCCUUCCCACCAGAGGCAACCAAGGCCUUUCCAGGCAACAGCAGACAUUAUUUACCCCUUGCAAAUUGAUUCCACAAUGGAAGACUCUUGGGUCCAAGAAGCUGUAAGAUAAUUAAGGAGAAAACAGAUAAUGAAGGCAAAAAUCCAACACCUGGCCAUUAGCAAUGCCCUGGAAAGGCUAUUUAAACCCGCAUUGGAUAUCAGAGCUGGGAGGGCCCAUACAGUCUACCUACGUGCCUUUUGCAGAUGGAGAUAGGAAGAUCCAGAAGCUAGUGGCACAUCUAGCAACAGAGCCAGAUCAGAACCCAGGUAAGCUCGGUCUUAGGCCAGGAUUCCUUUUACAUCUCCUCUCUUUCUCAGGAGCCAGUCUUCCUGCACCCGCUUCCUCUUUUCUCCUAGCUCCCCUGCCCCUGCAGCCUGGAGGGCUCAACCACCCUUCCUUUGGCUCCCACUCCCAGCUGAGGCUCAGCCUGGCAGUGCUUUUUCUGACACCCACUUCUUUUCUCCUUCCUCCAGGCAAGAAGUGCACGUUUAAACCUCAUUAUCUGGCUAAGUAUAAACCUCAGGGAGAAAAGGGUUUUGUUUUUGUUUUUCUCAGUUUAUAAGCUAACAUUGAGCUGACUUUCAGAGUCCAGGCAAAUAUCUGUUCGGUGGGUCACCACCCAGAAAGGAAUUCUCUUAGCACUGAAUCAGGGCUCUGUAUGUAAAGUAUAAAUCCCCUAAGAGAACUCCUCACCCUCCUACACAGACACAUUGGUGCAUGCACACACACCCCACUCUCUGCACAGAGAGCAUCUGAGCUAGGAGCUGGCAAGUGGGGCACCAGUCCUGUAGCAAAGAGGCACACCGCAUACACACACACACUCUCUCUCUCUCUCUCACACUCUUCUCCCUUGCUUGGGAAUCUGGGAGAAGAAGCCCCCACCCCCACCCCUGCCCUCCAUAGGCAUUGUGUAGGUGAGAGAAAGAGGGAGGAGUGAAAGAGAACACAUAGAGGGGCCCAAGGAGGUGCCAGUCCAUUAGCAGGGCUCCUCCUUGAGAAACCCCUCUGCAGGAGCUUCUCCUGCCGCCAGCCAGGUUGGAGGUGGAGUAGUUCAGAAUCAACUGAUGCAGCCGGGAAUUGAGCUUUGCAAAGCCACUUGCAAGGAAGGGAAGCAUCUGCCCAACCCUCCCCCACCGCGCGCCCUGGAUCCUCUGCCUGCCCCCUCCCCCGUGACGUCACCCUAGUCCUGUCCCGGGGAGCCUGCAAAGCCUCUCAGAUUCAAACUGCUAGACGCACUGCUGCCACCGCCACCGAAUUGGAAACGCGCGCCCAGGCUCCAUCGUCGCCUUCGCCCGCCGACCGGGCCAGCCGGCUCUCCGACCUCCCUACAGAAUCGCACCCCAGUCCCUCCCUGGCAGCUCGGCUUCCCUCCGCUCCAACUCUUCUCUUCCGCUCCUGCCUCCUGUCGGAUUUUUAAUUUCUGCGCACCCCCAGUCAAAUUAAAUCAACCAACAAAAAGCAGGGCAUCCCCCCUGGAAGCAGCGUCUUAUUUUACCUUGUUCUCCCACUUCCUGAGGAUGCUAAACUCCUGGUGGACUGCAGAGGAGAGGGGUUCAGUCUUCUCCUGAUGUCGAUUGCGAUUUCUGCUGGGAGCUCAAGACGGGCGAGCUGCCCGAGAUCUCUUCGAGACACCCCAGGGGAGGAGGAGAUGGGCAGGAUUUAGUAGGACAACUCGGUUACUAAUGACUUGGCGGCUGGCUGCGACCCCCCGGGAAAUCAGGUGCAAGCAAGUUUGCCUGUAGGUACCUGAGUUGACACCGAAGGUGCCUAAAGAUGCUGAGCGGCGUUUGGUUCCUCAGUGUGUUAACCGUGGCCGGGAUCUUACAGACGGAGAGUCGCAAAACUGCCAAAGACAUUUGCAAGAUCCGCUGUCUGUGCGAAGAAAAGGAAAACGUACUGAAUAUUAACUGUGAGAACAAAGGAUUUACAACAGUUAGCCUGCUCCAGCCCCCCCAGUAUCGAAUCUAUCAGCUUUUUCUCAAUGGAAACCUCUUGACAAGACUGUAUCCAAACGAAUUUGUCAAUUACUCCAACGCAGUGACUCUUCACCUAGGUAACAACGGGUUACAGGAGAUCCGAACGGGGGCAUUCAGUGGCCUGAAAACUCUCAAAAGACUGCACCUCAACAACAACAAGCUUGAGAUAUUGAGGGAGGACACCUUCCUGGGCCUGGAGAGCCUGGAGUAUCUCCAGGCCGACUACAAUUACAUCAGUGCCAUCGAGGCUGGGGCAUUCAGCAAACUUAACAAGCUCAAAGUGCUCAUCCUGAAUGACAACCUUCUGCUUUCACUGCCCAGCAAUGUGUUCCGCUUUGUCCUGCUGACCCACUUAGACCUCAGGGGGAAUAGGCUAAAAGUAAUGCCUUUUGCUGGCGUUCUUGAACAUAUUGGAGGGAUCAUGGAGAUUCAGCUGGAGGAAAAUCCAUGGAAUUGCACUUGUGACUUACUUCCUCUCAAGGCUUGGCUGGACACCAUAACUGUUUUUGUGGGAGAGAUCGUCUGUGAGACUCCCUUUAGGCUGCACGGGAAAGACGUGACCCAGCUGACCAGGCAAGACCUCUGUCCCAGAAAAAGUGCCAGUGAUUCCAGUCAGAGGGGCAGCCAUGCUGACUCCCACGUCCAAAGGCUGUCACCUACAAUGAAUCCUGCUCUCAACCCAACCAGGGCUCCGAAAGCCAGCCGGCCGCCCAAAAUGAGAAAUCGUCCAACUCCCCGCGUGACUGUGUCAAAGGACAGGCAAAGUUUUGGACCCAUCAUGGUGUACCAGACCAAGUCUCCUGUGCCUCUCACCUGUCCCAGCAGUUGUGUCUGCACCUCUCAGAGCUCAGACAACGGUCUGAAUGUAAACUGCCAAGAAAGGAAGUUCACUAAUAUCUCUGACCUGCAGCCCAAACCGACCAGUCCAAAGAAACUCUACCUAACAGGGAACUAUCUUCAAACUGUCUAUAAGAAUGACCUCUUAGAAUACAGUUCUUUAGACUUACUGCACUUAGGAAACAACAGGAUUGCAGUCAUUCAGGAAGGUGCCUUUACAAACCUGACCAGUUUACGCAGACUUUAUCUGAAUGGCAAUUACCUUGAAGUGCUGUACCCUUCUAUGUUUGACGGACUGCAGAGCUUGCAAUAUCUCUAUUUAGAGUAUAAUGUCAUUAAGGAAAUUAAGCCUCUGACCUUUGAUGCUUUGAUUAACCUACAGCUACUGUUUCUGAACAACAACCUUCUUCGGUCCUUACCUGAUAAUAUAUUUGGGGGGACGGCCCUAACCAGGCUGAAUCUGAGAAACAACCAUUUUUCUCACCUGCCCGUGAAAGGGGUUCUGGAUCAGCUCCCGGCUUUCAUCCAGAUAGAUCUGCAAGAGAACCCCUGGGACUGUACCUGUGACAUCAUGGGGCUGAAAGACUGGACAGAACAUGCCAAUUCCCCUGUCAUCAUUAAUGAGGUGACUUGCGAAUCUCCUGCUAAGCAUGCAGGGGAGAUACUAAAAUUUCUGGGGAGGGAGGCUAUCUGUCCAGACAGCCCAAACUUGUCAGACGGAACCAUCUUGUCAAUGAAUCACAAUACAGACACACCUCGGUCGCUUAGUGUGUCUCCUAGUUCCUAUCCUGAACUACACACUGAAGUUCCACUGUCUGUCUUAAUUCUGGGAUUGCUUGUUGUUUUCAUCUUAUCUGUCUGUUUUGGGGCCGGUUUAUUCGUCUUUGUCUUGAAACGCCGAAAGGGAGUGCCGAGCGUUCCCAGGAAUACCAACAACUUAGACGUAAGCUCCUUUCAAUUACAGUAUGGCUCUUACAACACUGAGACUCACGAUAAAACAGACGGCCAUGUCUACAACUACAUCCCCCCGCCUGUGGGUCAGAUGUGCCAAAACCCCAUCUACAUGCAGAAGGAAGGAGACCCAGUAGCCUACUACCGAAACCUGCAAGAGUUCAGCUAUAGCAACCUGGAGGAGAAAAAAGAAGAGCCAGCCACACCUGCUUACACAAUAAGUGCCACUGAGCUGCUAGAAAAGCAGGCCACACCAAGAGAGCCUGAGCUGCUGUAUCAAAAUAUCGCUGAGCGAGUCAAGGAACUUCCCAGCGCAGGCCUAGUCCACUAUAACUUUUGUACCUUACCUAAAAGGCAGUUUGCCCCUUCCUAUGAAUCUCGACGCCAAAACCAAGACAGAAUCAAUAAAACCGUUUUAUAUGGGACUCCCAGGAAAUGCUUUGUGGGGCAGUCAAAACCCAACCACCCUUUACUGCAAGCUAAGCCGCAGUCAGAACCGGACUACCUCGAAGUUCUGGAAAAACAAACUGCAAUCAGUCAGCUGUGAAGGGAAAUCAUUUACAACCCCAAGGCAUCAGAGGAUGCUGCUUCGAACUGUUGGAAACAAGGACAUUAGCUUUUGUGUUUGUUUUUGUUCUCCCUUUCCCAGUGUUAAUGGGGGACUUUGAAAAUAUUUGGGAGAUAGGAUGAAGUCAUGAUUUUGCUUUUGCAAGUUUUCCUUUAAUUUUCCUUUAAAUUAUUUCUCUCUCCCUCUCCUCCCCUCCUUUUUUUUUUUUUCUUUUUCCCUUCUCUUCUUAGGAACCAUCAGUGGACAUGAAUGUUUCUACAAUGCAUUUCUUCAUAUAUUUUGUUUAUGGUUUUGUUUCUUUUUUCUUCUUUGUUUUUCAGUGUGGGAGUGGGAAGAGGAGAUUAUAGUGACUGAAGAAAGAAUAGGCAAACUUUUCAAAUGAAAAUGGAUAUUUAGUGUAUUUUGUAGAAGAUCUCCAAAGAUCUUUUGUGACUACAACUUCUUUUGUAAAUAAUGAUAUAUGGUAUUUCCAUCGUCAGUUACCGAGUAUAGCCACUGGGUAUCACUAUUUUGUGUUAAAGUGCCUUCGCACUUUAAGUACAUUACUUAAAUGUUGCUUUUAGCUUUGAUAAAUUGAAAAUAUUUUAAUGUGUUGUAUUUUUGAAAUUGAAAACACUGUAAAAUAGAUUGAUGUGUCAGCUGUAUUAAGUCAACGUACAGUUUGCUUGAGUUAUAGAAACCAGCCUGUCAUCAAAUGAUUCUAGUUCUAGGACUUUGUAGGCUUAACUAUAAAAUAUUUCCUUUCCUCUGGGUUUAAGUGAUUUUAUUUAAGUCAACUAAGGGGAUUUAACAGUGGACUAGAGGUAAUAAGCCACCUCAGUCAGGAUUAAUAAUUCAUUAAUAAAAUAUAUUUAACCCAA